CUCUCACCACCCCACCUCCCGAAAACCCUCAACCCAUCUCGUUCGCAAACAACACAAAAGCCCACUGUCGCACCCAUUGAAAUUCAACCCACCGAAGACGAAACUCUCAAUUUGAUGGAUGUGCCACCAGAUAGAUCAACAAGAAAUCUUCACAACUUCACCUUGCCUCGUUUGAAAUGGGGCAACCAAAGAUUCCUCCUCCAAUGCAUGAAUCUGACAACAGCUCUAUAGCCACCGGCGAUACCUCCACCGAUCAUAGCAGAUCCUCAGCUUCUGAAGCCACCGAUUCCGACAGCUUCAACCGAAGAACCCGACGCAAAAAGGAUCUGAUCAGACCCAGAUCUUCUAACCCUUCAAAGGGCCCGAAUAAAUCUCCAUUAAACCCAAACGGUGGUGUUUCUGAUAACGAGGGAAUCGAGGGUUUCCGUCAGAAGCUAAUGACCGAUCUCAGAGUCGCCGACGAUAGAAUGAAAGUCCCGGGUGUUGGAGUUUGAGCCAUAACGUAUUUUUGUUAGUUUUG